UCUUGUUACGCGGAGUUUACGAAUCGAAACGGAUCGAUCGAUCAUCUUCAACUCUCGUGGUGAAUUUAUAAAAAAUGUUUUGUUCAUUUUCACAAGACCCUCAACUUCUCAGUUUUAUUUUACGAUGAGAUUUUCGAUUCGCCAACAGUGAUCGAUGAUAAAACGAAGAUAAAAAAAUAUGUGAACUUCUCGAAUAUAAAAAAUCAAACGAGUUUAUUUUUCAAUUUUCGUUGCUAUUCUACCUUUUUCUACCUUCAACUUUUACGAAAGUCUCAGUUCUUUAGAAAAGAAGAUAAGUGAUCUAAAAACUUAAGAACUUGUCUUUAAUUUAAAUUACAGCAUCUUCUUUUCAUUAAAAUUGGAAAAGGCUUUAUGUAUUCGGCAGGAAUAUGCCAAUCACAUCGGAAGUUUCUUCGAGGGAUAAUCUUGAUUCUAUCACUACCAUGGAAGAUCAAAGUCGUACGGGAAGAUACGUAGCAGGUGGAGCAGCAUUGGCAGGGACAUUACUUGCAUUAUACCAUGUACUUUUACGAGGUACAUCCUCCAUAGCAGGAAUAUGUAUACCUGUGAUUAUAAUGGCAUCUUAUAUUAUCUGGGUACUUUAUUCCGCUCGCAGGGAUAGGCGCAAGGCAUUAAGAAUUGCGACUGCUAUGCAACUGACGGAAGUAAUAAAUGAACCUGCCAGAUCCACCGAAGCCGUUUGCAAAAACGUUAAGAUCAACGUUGCUGAAUCUGAUGGCAAUUCUAUGGAAAAAAUCAGUCACGAAAAUCCUUCCUUUUUAAAAGAGGAUUGUACUCCAUAA